AUGGAAACGCUGGAUCAACUAGCAACGCGAUUGAAAAGCACACGGACGAACACAUCGGGUCUCACAAUUCUCAUUACGGGAGCCACAAGGAUUAACCCAUUAAAUCGCAUUAUCCUCGUCGGCCGGACUCAAGCAAAAGCCGACAUUGCACGGAACGAAGUAAUCACCGUAUUACCCAAAGAUGAAGGCCACGAAGAAAAUGUUAUAGCCCUUGCAUGCGAUCACUGCUCAUUGAACAGUGUCAAACCAUUUGAAGCUGAAUUGCGCGCCAAGCUGAAAGAAACAUAUCGGGUGGAAAAGUGGGCCAUGAAUGGCAUCGAUGUACUCUGUCUGAAUGCUGCGGUGCUGGUACCACAGGGUUCAGAACCUGAAUUUACCGUCGACAACCUGGAAGUUACGUUCCAGACAAACUAUUUGACGCCAUUUCUAGUUGGGAACUGUGUUCUUGAUUUGCUGAACCCUGGAGGUCGCGUUGUCGUGGCAACCAGCGGUCUUCAUGUUGGGCAGACUCUAAACUUUGAUGGGAUGAUUGAUGACGAAAGCGGAAGCGCAAAAAAGGAGUUCAGUAUGAUUGACGACAGUGAGUUUCACUUCAAGCAAUGUUACACAUUAUCUAAGGUCUGCAACGUUGCCUAUUGUCUCGAGUUGAACCGCAUUUUGCAACCCAGAGGUAUAGUGGCGAACUGUUUUUCGCCCGGACUCAUGACCACGUCGGGUCUCUUUCGCCACCAAUGUUAUUCGGGCGACUCAGGCACGUUUGUACAAAAUAAACAUGUGCUCAUGAAAGAGAAAACCGUCGAAUGGGGUGCCGGUGCGUUAGUAUUCAUGGUACUGGCCGAUAUGUCGGGCAGGCGAGGUGGUGAAUUUUGGAGGGAUUCCAAUUCUACAAAAGGUGCAAAAGCUAUAUACGGAAAAGAAUUUUGCCCCUGUGCCAUUUCUGAAGAGUCUAUCAGCCAAGAGAAGCGAACGCAACUCUGGAGGCUAUCGUGUGAACUAGCCGGCAUUCCUUGUGAUCACAAUCAAAUUGAGUAUUAA